AUGAAACGUAAGCUUGGACGUCCUCAGAAAAAAGGUUCAUCUUCGUCGAUUGCUCCAAAUAAAGGUGGUAAUGCUAAGAACGCACGAUAUUCUCCUACCAGUGUAACCGAUAUUGACCAACUUGGAGGUUUGUUUCGUUACAAUAUCGAUGAAGUUCCUGAUCUAACACCCCAGCAAAUUCGUAAUGCACAACAUAGAAGAAUGCAUAUCAUGCGUGAGAGGAGAAAAAGAGAAGAAGCUAUUGGGAUAAUGAUGAAGACUCUAUGUCGGAAAGUGAGGAUGUGGAAAACCAACGCCUGGAAAAGUGAUGGAAGGACUGAGAAUCUACCAGCUAUUAAUGAGGUUGCUGCAUUGAUACCUAAUGAUUUCGAUCAUGAGAUAGAUGCACGUGAUAUCAUCAUCGAGUGUAAAAAGACUGGGAAUCUCAAAAGGAUUAGUGAACUACAUCCUGCGUAUUUGCCUUUGCAAUAUCCAUUAUUGUUUCCCUAUGGCGAGGACGUAUUCAGACUUGGUAUCGAUAUUGGUUUUGUAGAUACCCAAGGGAGGAAAAGGUUGCAUAUUACUAUGAGAGAGUUUUUUGCUUUCCGCAUAAAGGAGAGGGUUGGCGAGUCACCAAUCAUCCCUUUAUCUGGAAGAUUAUUCCAGCAGUUCUUAGUGGAUGCGUACACGAUGAUUGAGACUAAUAGACUACGCUUCAUUUCAAUGAAUCAGUCUAAACUUCGUUGCGAAAAUUAUGACAAGAUAAAGAAAACUGUUGAUGAAGGUGACACUGAUCUUUCUGACAAGGGUAAACGUAUUAUUAUACAUUCUUCUAAUAUUGGUGAUACAAGGUAUAUGGUGCAACAUUAUCUAGAUGCGAUGAUUACUUGCCAGCAUUUUGGUUUUCCGGAUCUUUUCAUAACCUUUACGUGUAAUCCCAAAUGGCCUGAGAUUACCAGGCACCUAAACAGACAUAACCUGAAGCAAGAGGAUAGGCCAGAUAUAUGUACACGAGUGUUCAAGAUGAUACUAGAUGAUCUCAUGCACAGACUCACUAAAGAAAAUGUGUUAGGUGUCGUAAAAACCGCGAUCUACACGAUUGAGUUUCAAAAACGGGGACUACCUCAUGCACACAUCGUUCUUUUUUUAGAGGCUGGUCACAAGCUACCAACUGGUGAUGACAUUGAUAAGAUAAUAUGUGCUGAGAUUCCUGUUAAAGAUAUUGAUCCAGCGCUGUAUGAGAUAGUAGGAGAUGUCAUGAUGCAUGGACCAUGUGGUGCUUUGAAUAAAGAUAGUGUUUGCAUGGCUGAAGGAAAAUGUACAAAGUAUUUUCCAAAACCUUUCAGUCCGAUCACUAAAAUAGAUGAUGUUGGAUAUCCUAUAUACAGGCGACGUAAUGACAAGAAAGUUAUCGUUAAAAAGGGUAUUGAAUGUGAUAAUGGAUUUGUGGUUCCUUAUAAUAGGAGCCUCACACUGCUUUAUAGGGCUCAUAUCAACGUCGAAUGGUGUGUACAGUCUCGAUCAGUAAAGUAUCUAUUCAAAUAUAUUCAUAAAGGUGCUGACUACAUCUGUGCAACUAUCAAGAAUGAUGAUAAAGAAAACGAGAUUAAGAAACACUUCAACUGUAGGUAUGUAGCACCUUCAGAGUCUACGUGGAGAAUUUCGCAAAUGGUCAUAUACAACGAGGAUGAUCCAGGUGACGAGGUUAUUAAUCGUGUCUCAGUUGGUAUGUCAAAAUUCAUUGCUUGGAUGGAGUGCAACAAUAAGUAUGAACUGGCGAAUACGAGAUUUGUGUGUAAUAGACCAAAUAGGAUAUGGAUGCCACGAUCAAGGAGAGUUGCUCUUGGUAGAAUCACGUAUGUACCCAUUGGGGCAGGUGAAGCGUAUUAUUUAAGGCUUCUGCUUAAUUUAGUCAAAGGACCACGUAGUUUUGACGAUAUAAAAACGGUCAACAAAGUUCUACAUUCUUCGUUCAAAGACGCUAGCUAUGCGUAUGGAUUAUUGAAUAAUGACAAAGAAUAUAUUGAGGCCAUCAAUGAGGCCGGAUUGUGGCUUUCUGCCAAUUAUCUCCGUUGUCUUUUUGUGAUCCUGCUCACUACUCAUAGUAUAUUCAUUCCUUCUAGAGUUUGGGAUGCUACAUGGCAGGUAUUAUCAGAUGACAUCAUAUAUAAUUACAGAAAGGCUGCCAGGGAUCAAACUGUUAGUCUAUCUCAGGAGCAAGUUAAAGACUUUACUCUGGUCGAAAUAGAACUUCUUUUACGUGUAAGUGGGAGAUCUUUAAAAGAAUUCACACCUAUGCCGUUUCCUGAAGAUAUUACUCUGGAGUCACGUGAUAAUCCUCUUAUUCGGGAUGAGAGGAAUUACAAUCGUGAAACUCUUAGAUUUAGAAACGAGCGGAUGUUAGCCACUGUAACCAGCGAACAGAGAAGUGUUUAUGAUGAGAUCCUAGAAGCAGUAAAUAAGAACAAAGGAGGUAUGUUCUAUGUUUAUGGUUCUGGAGGUACUGGUAAAACUUAUUUGUGGAGUCUAUUAGGAUCUGCUCUACGUUCCCAAGGUGAUGUUGUUCUUAAGGUUGCAUCGAGCGGGAUUGAUGCGUUGCUAUUAGAAGGAGGCCGAACUGCGCAUUCAAGAUUUGAAAUCCCUAUCGUGGUUAAUAAGUUUACCUUCUGUUCAAUCAAGAAGGAGUCGAAUCUUGCCGACCUGAUAAGGAUUGCUAAACUCAUUAUAUGGGAUGAGGCGUUGAUGAUGAGUAAAGACUGUUUCGAGACUCUAGAUAGAACGAUGCGUGACAUAUUAGAAGUUGAUAAGCCCUUUGGUGACAAGGUCAUUGUUUUAGGAGGGGAUUUCAGGCAAAUAUUACCAGUGAUUCCAAAUUCCGAGAAGACAGAGAUACUUAUGGCCACUUUGAAUUCGUCACCUCUGUGGUACAAAUGUAAAGUGUUGAGACUUACACAGAACAUGCGACUUAUAGCUGGAGAUAAUAGCCGUGCGAUGCUUGAACGAGCUGCCUUUACAAAGUGGAUCUUAGACAUUGGUAAUGGAAUGAUAAAUGAUGAUGGAAGUGGUGAAGCCGUGAUUGAUAUUCCUGAUGAUAUGUUGAUUAAAGACUGUAAAGAUCCUAUAAAAACGAUCGUCAAAGAAAUUUAUGGGAGUUCAUUUUCGAAAGAGACUGAUCCUAAGUUUUUCCAAAAUCGUGCCAUACUGAGUCCAAGAAACGAUAAUGUAGAUACGAUAAAUGAUUACAUGCUUUCAAAGUUGUCGGGUGUUGAAAGGACCUAUCUUAGUUGUGAUAGCAUUGAUACGGCUGAAGAAGUUGUCAAUUACAAUGAUGCAUCUGAAGUACCCUCGGAGAGUGUAGCCAGUAAGAAUAAAGGUGGUUCCAACAAUAUGAUUUAUACCGAGGAGUUUUUAAAUAGUAUCAAGAUGUCUGGUUUCCCUAAUCAUGUCCUGAAGUUGAGAGAGGGUACUCCUGUAAUGCUUCUAAGAAAUAUCGACCCUAAGAAUGGGUUGUGUAAUGGCACAAGACUCAUCAUUACUAAGAUGGCUAAUUAUGUUCCCCAGGCUCAGAUAAUAACAGGUAGCAAGGUUGGUGAGAAAGUACUGAUUCCUAGGAUAUUCCUCUCUGAAACUUCCUUUCAGAUGAGACGCAAGCAGUUUCCUAUCACAUUAGCUUUUGCAAUGACUAUAAACAAAAGCCAAGGACAGACACUCGAAAAGGUUGGUUUGUAUCUUCCAAGGCCGGUAUUUACUCAUGGGCAACUCUAUGUCGCUGUGUCGAGGGUUACAUCCAGGGAAGGUUUGAAGAUAUUGAUCACCGAUAAAGACAACAAACCACAAAGCAAAACAUUGAAUGUCGUCUACAAGGAGGUUUUUGACAAUAUAUGA